AUGCAGGCAUCAGAGAUCUACCCAAACAACGACUUCAAAGCCAUGGAUAUUGAGGAGCCAUGGCCGUCCUUUCUUGAGGAGGGUGCCUUCCAUCUGAUCCACGCUCGCAUGCUUGCAGGCAGCAUACACUAUGAAUCAUGGCCACGGGUCUACAGCGAAUCUCUGAGUCACCUGGUCCCCGGCAGUGGCUGGUUUGAACAAGUCGAGGUCGACUGGUACCCUUGCAAUGAUGACGGACCUGUGUCUAGCCACCUCAGGUACUGGGCCGAGGAGCUGCAUAAUGCGAUGGAUGCAAUGAAACGGCCUCUUAGAGUUGACUCCAGAAGAACCCAGCAAAUGCUCGCCGACGCAGGGUUUGUCGAUAUCAAACAGGAGGUCAUCCACUUGCCUGUCAAUGGAGGUUCUGAUGACCCGUACGAGAUAGAUGUCGGCAGGUGGUUCAACCUUAGCCUCCACAAGAGCUUCAUGGGCCUCACCUUGGCUCCUCUGUACAGAGCCAAGGGUUGGAGACCCGAGGAUAUUGAACGGCUCGAGAAGGAUGUCCUCGAGGAGGUCUCUCAGCGCGGCAACCGGGCAUACUGCAAAAUCCUUCGGAUUGAGAAACAGCACAUGGUCACAUGCGGCUGCAACCUCAUUUCUCUCAGCGUGGGUUCAAGAGCCAUGCAGGCCACCGUGGCCGCGACCGCGGCCGCCGCCAACCACCACACCGUAGCCUCACAGGGGUAG